AUGGUCUACUCGUCACUCUCUGCGUCCUCGCCGCCGCAAGCGACCCUCUCGCCGGACUCGCGGCUGUUUGUCGAGACCGUGCUCGCCGGGCGGGCCAAGCCGUACUCAGGCGUCGGCGCCGGAUCCGUGGUCCGCGUACCGUCGCCGUCGCCGUCGCACUCGCACUCGCCGGUGCGGUCUGUGGACCAACGUCACACACCGCGCUCGCCGCACUCGCCGAUCUUCCUCCCGGCCGACCGCAAGCAGCCUCGGCCGUCGCCGCGGCCCGAGCCGGUUGCCCGCAGGCUGUCGCCGUCGCCGGCAAGUCGCCCGUCGCCGCCGGCAAAGGGUCGGCGAGGUAAGGGCGGUAAGGUGACGUCCAAAGAGGCAAAGCAGAUGCUGGACGAAGCCUUCUGGGCCGCCCUCUACCGUAUCGACCAUGCGGUCAAAUCACUGCGGCUGACCGGAUCCAUCUCGCGGGCCGACGCCGUCCGGGUCCGCAAGUGGGUCGACAAGCUCUCUGCGCCGCUGUUCAACGUCGCCUGGCUCCGCAACCGCAACCUCCACGCCGCCGUCCUCGCCUCGAUCCUCUCGUCGCACUCGACAUGUCCGGCCUCGCGCAACGGCCGCCUCUGGGUCGCGCCCUUUGACAAGCUGCCGUACGACGGCCCGCUCCGCGCCCUCCCGCGCCACAUGCGCAUGUACGUUGUCUGAGCAGGGCUCGCUGCUGCACAGCUGGUAUGCCUUCAUUCAAAAAGAGGGGAAUCUGUGAGUGAUGAGGUUGGGGUCGGCCGAAAGGACGACCCUCCAGGCGGCUCAACAUGCGAGGUCGAGGCCCGGUCCUCGCCUUGGGCGCAGACAGCCCCCCGCGCUGCGGUCAGUCGACCGGAGUAAGCGUGGGUGUGUGGGGCUGUAGUGAGCUCGGAGCGCGUGCUCGCCGAGGGAAAAAGCUCGGUUGAGGGCACGGCUCGUCAUGAGCGCGUCAAGGGGAGGAGGCCGGGGUGCGAGUCUCUGGCACACGGACGAGCUAAUAAGCUAGCUCGGCCGUGCGUGUUGCCGGUGGGAGGGCCUGUGACGGCCGGGGGUUGCAGAACGCAACCCCCUUAACCUCAGCAGCCUGUG